AUGCGAAUGUCGAGCUCCGGUGGCACUCCGCGCAAGUUCUCGGAGAAGAUCGCCAUAAUCGAGCGCAAGCAGAACGAAGACGUCAACAACUUCGAGGACAUCAUGCGGGAAGUGCGCUCCAUCACGCACGACGGGCCGUCGGAUUCGCAGCCUCUCGGCGGCCCUAUGGCCAUUCCCGGAGGCCUGCAUCCUCCACAGCCGUGGAACUCUCUCGGAGGCUCUUUGCCUAACGUGCACCAGAUGCCCUCUUACCAACCGCCGCCAUGGGCCCCUUGGCCUCACGAAAUGAGCGGAAGACCUGUCGGAGAUCACCGUAGCCGCUCGCCGGAGCAUCACCCUGGCGUCGGUCACCUCUACCAUCCUUACGGCCGAGGACAACGUUCUCCAGACCGCGUUCCUCCUCUUCAUCCUCACUACGGCUACCCUCCUCAUCAGCACAAUCUCCUUCAGCCUGACAACUGGAACCAGUUGGUUUUCUUUUUGUCUUCUAUAGCCUGAGUGCCAAGUCUUGAAAUUUUACCGAACGAUAUUCCGCUGUUCCGCUGCGUGCGUUCGCGAAGCGUCUUUCGAAUCUAGGUUACGCUUUCCAUUUAUUGUUAUUGCUGUGGGAGCACAUGAAAGUAGAGUACCUUAAUGAAAGAAAAAAAAAUUUUAAAGCGCGGACAAGGUUUGCAGAAUACGCGCAGCGGCACAGCGGAAUGUCGUUUGAUGAAAUUCCAAGUCGUGGUACACAGACUAUACGUUUUCUAAUAACAAAGAAAACUUAAAAAACUCUGAUGAAUUCCUUUUUCUGAUUAGUAUUAUUGGAAUUUCGGUACCAAUAAUCAACCAUCAUUUUUUUUCAUUGAUAAGGAUGUAUGCGAGCCCGUAAAAUGACAUCUUUUUUAGUUCCAGUAUUGCGGCAGUGUUUCAAAUUAAAUCGAUGUAUUCGAUGGAACGGAAUUUAAAUACUGCAUAUUUCAAAAGUUUCCAUGUUUUCUAGUCUAUUUUCGUCUCUCGAAGCUUUUUACGCGUUUCGGAAAAGUAUCGGAAGUUAUGCCGUGUUCAAAGUAAUUUCGCGAAAUGCAAAAUAGCCGUCAGAGAAAGAAAAACAUAACUAAAUUUUGGAGAGUCAGAGAUCAUUUUGCAUUUCGCGAAAUUACUUUGAACACGGCAUUAGCUUGCGUCCAGUAGGAGGAAGAUUCUCAAAACCUAUACAAAAAUCUCAGUGAAAUAGAACUUUCAAUUUUACACGGCGUUCUUGUCAGUGAAAGAAAAUGCAGAAAAAAAAUACCAGGGGCGAGCGCCGUAAAUCGUACGGCAGCAGUAGUUUUGAUCAGUUCAGGACCCGUUUUUGGAUUACAAGACCCACCCUUUAAAGCUCUCGCAAGAUUUACGGAAAGAGUUACUUGAAAAAAAGCAUAUUUUUUGCUUUUUUCUUUAUGAAUACUUCUUUUAACGUUUUUUCUAUAAGUACAAGUUAUUAUCCAGUUCCUUUGGCGUAGGUUGAAACCAGUUCCGUGUAAAUUAGAGCCAAAUUGAAUUUGCUGAUGCAGUUUGAUGAUUUUGUUACAUGAAUUAUCUAAAUUAUACUUUUUUCUAGUUGUUUCAUGGUUUUUCGGAUUUAAACAAAAAUUUCGCCAUACGAGGUUUUUUCUAAAAUUUCUGCUUUCUAUCCAUUAUUUGUUUUUCUGAAGCUAGGUUUUCAAGGUAUAUAAAAUAUUUCUUUUUUUUUAUUUGCUCCUCGAAUUUUCCUCAUUUCAAUAUUUUUCGUAUUUAUAAUUGCGUAUUCAAUCGGAGCUGAUUGACCUUCAUAAUAAUUUUUUUAUUUUGUAAUUAGUAAUUUAGAGUUUUCCCCAUUCGAAAUCGUUCCUAAAUGUUUUUUUAACGUCAGUGAAUGUUUUUUCACAUCAUAUUCUUCAAACUGACAAGAUUUCGAACAUUUCAGAAGUUAUUAUCCUAAAAUUGCAAAUUCUAAAAUUGAAAAAAACAAUUUUGAGUAUGCGAUAGUGCGUCUCGCACACCUGCUUACACCCUAAGCAUCAUACUUUACGAGAGGUCUUGACCUUGCGUGAUAAAAAACGCCGUGUUUUAUCUCAUUUUAAAUUGUUGUGGAUUACAUUUAAAAGCAUCAUGUGGAAAAUUCAGUUCACACUCCAACCAAAAGUGAUUGAUAGAAAAAAUCCAAAUUUCAUUACCUUUUGUACUUUCCAAGUGGGUUGUUUCCCACUGAGUUGACUUUUUGUACAUGUUCACUGGUUUUAAUUUUUUUAAUUAAGUACAAAUAAAGAUUUUUUUGAAGCAGUUUUUUUCAAAAAAAUUUUUCUAGUGAGUUGAAAUCAACGAACUGUAGUUGAACCUUUGGAUACUCCGUUUUUUUCGAAAAAAGAAAUCUCCUUUACAGUUAUUGAUUUUCUUUCGGAAAAAAAUCUUAAAAAAAUCAAUUGAAAGAAAUAACUUUCUGAAAAACAAACUCAGUGUCAUUCUCAGACUAAAAAAAUCUUUUUUUCCCCUGUGAUGGAAAAAAAUUUCCGAAGUACUCAUCAAAAAAAGUCAAUCAGAUCAAAAAUUGUGCCCUAUGAACGGCUUUUUUUCAAAAAAAUUCUGAUGGGAAAAAAAUUUUUUUUUAAUUGGAAGAAUAAAAAGAAUUCCUCUAACGCUUUCUUUUAAACUAAACUGAAACUUACCGCGAUUUUUCUGAAUCUUUGGAUCAGAAAGCCAAUAACUGGAAAGGUGUGAUCUCUGAGCAGCUCAGAGAGGGCAGAUAAAAAGAUCUCGUGGGCGAUUUGAGCUGUUCCGGCUAAUUCCUGGUUUAACCAAGUAUUCCACCAAAAUCGAGGGAAGCGUCGUAAAGAUCUUGAUGAUUUAUUUGGUUGCAAAAAUUAUAGACUCGCCGCAAUUAAAGAACAUCAACGAACUUCAAAAUUAGAAUUCUCAUUAAAAUUUUUUUAAAGAUGAAGUGUUUUAAAAAAAAAAGGCAAAACUUAUUUUGAUUUUUAAAUGUUCCGUAGAGUGCCUGAAAAAAAAGGUUAAAAUAACGAAAAUCAGGAACGUUAGCUUGUUUUACCGAAAAAUAUUCAAAAGGAAAACUAUUCCGAGAGAUUUCUGAUCGACGCUAAAAAUAACUGCCGAGAUGAAUGCGAGACGCUGGCGGUACAUUGACGAGCUCGCGAACAUCUCGCUUUUUUCUGGGCGCGAGCUCGCAUUCCUCUCGCAAUUUGAAAAUUUUGGAAAUGCAAGAUAAAUGCUCGCGCCACAGUAUAACAACCAACAAAGGGAAUUAGUCCACCUAACGAGUAGACUUUGACACGGAUCAAAUAUAAUUAGAGUAAACCGGAAGGAAUUGAGUUAAAGAAGGCGGAAUUCGGGAGAUCAUUAAGUUUGACCCGUAGAGAAUCAGUGGAGACGUUAAAAUCUAUUCUAGAGAUUAUUUUAUACCAUAAGGGAAUAGUUUUGGAAAAAAAAAGUCUUUAGAAAACUGACCGGAAGUGCGAAGCCGAAGUGGAUUCCUCUGUAAAGGGGACAUGGAAAAGAAGCUUAAGUGAUGCGAUUUAGUAAAUGGUCAGUGCCACAGAUUAUCUUAUGAAGAGAGAUGAUGUCGUUUAUACAACGACGAACAAAGAGGGGUUUAAAUCAAAAUUAGCUAAGACGGUCAGAAUAAGAAGUGAAGCUCACGUUGCAUCUGAUAAAAACUUUUCUACUGAAUUGACGUAACGAUCAAAGACUGAUCUAAAAAAAGUUUCAGAAUCAACAGAGCGCGUUCUGAUCCGGCGAUUCACAACAUGCCAAUGCCGCCGCCGCCAUUGAUGCCCCAUCACCCGCCUUUUCAUCAUCAUCCUUUCAUGGUUAGCCAUUUUCAAUCUUUCUGAUAAAAUUUUUAGAAGAGAAAAAUUGUCGAGCACAUUAAUUUCAAGUUCACUUCAUCGAACUCAAAGCUAACAUGCGGUUCCUCGAACCGUUUUCGAAAAAUAAAGUUUUUCAGGAAGGACUGACGAUGAAAAAAUAGUUCAAAAAAAUGGGUUGACCUGUUUGAAAAAUAAUAUCUGCUCAUCAUUUUCCGAAAAAUGAAUUCAUAGGCAUAGUUUUCUUGAAAGAUAGCAAGAAGCAGGUUUCAUUUCAUUUCAUUCGUUUCAAGUGUUUAUUCGCCAUUCCGCAAUCUGCACGACAAAUACAAAAAAUAAAACAUUAAAAAAAUCAAAUAAAUCUAACAGCUGAUCUGUGGAAACGACUGGAGGAAAAAAAUUGUCUGAAUAGACGGUGCUAACGUCCUAAGGUAUUUAAGUUUGUUCUUUGUUUUUCAAGUAAAAUUUUUAUAUUAUUUAAAUUUGUGAGUUAUUCAUAUUUGAGUAAGAAUGAUAGGAUUUAGAUUUUACUAGGAUCUAGCGAUUUUAAAAAAACGACGUGUUUGAUUCGAACCAUGAGGUGAGCAUAAUCCGAAACUUGCCGAUUUCGUAUUCAAUGAUAGUUUCUCUCUCCAGUUGGUUCCAAAUGGGUAUGAGGCGAUUCACUUCGAAAAUAUCUAUGAAUAUGAACGCAACAAAGUCCUUAAAGAGUCUUCUAUUCUAUAACGUCGAUAGCUUCAGUUUGGUUAAUCUACUGCGAUUGUCCGAUUUCGGAUAUAAUCUUUUGGUAAAUCUUCUCUGAACUGAUUCUAGUUGAUUUAUAUCAUUCAAAUUCAGCGGGCAUAUUAGUUCGGAUCCGCACUCAAUAAUAGGCAAGAUUUUGGUUUUGUAGCAUUUAAGAAAAUUAUUUUGAGAGAAAUGAAAACAGCGAAAUAAAUUAUUCAUCAUUUUCAUACGUUUUUGUACUACUAUAUUCACAUGGUGUCCCAUUUUCAGAUUACUCGUGAAGAAGAACCCCAGUUGUCUGGAAUUUUGUUUAAUGCCUAAAAGUUUGAUUGGUAAUUUUGUAUGUACUUAGCUCUGACUUUUUUUCCAAACUGAGCUACCAUGCACUUCUCAGGAGAUAUAGAUAGUUGACGGCCCUCUAACCAUUGGUAUACAUUUGUUCCGCCUUCUUGAAGUUCGGCCUUAUGAUUUUUAACAUUACUAGAUGAAAAAAAUUUACAAUUAUCUGCGAACAUGCUCAAGUUACAGUGUUAUUAAAAUAAUUUCUGUCAAAUCGUUGAUGUAUACUAAAAACAUAAGUUCCUAAUGAGCUUUCUUGCGGUACACUUGAAGAUAUUUUUAUCUCAUUCGAAACACUGUUAUUGACUCUAACUUUUUGUUAUCUAUCUUUUAAAAUUUCUUCGAACCAGUUGAGUAUUAUUCCACAAGUUGAUAAUUUUUCUAUCUGUGAUUUUUGAAUUAAACUCAUACGCAAAUCAAGCUCUACAAAAUGUCUUUUUUUCUUAUAGACAUCUUUUUCCUGAAUGCCCUCACGGUUCUAAAACGACACUGCUCUAGAAACUGAAAAAGUCUUUUCAGCCAGGACCCAGUGGCAUGCACCAAGGAAUGCCGCCUCCCAACCAGCAAAACUCGCCGCUGCAGUCGCCGGUGAUGAACAACCAAAUGAUGCAUCCGAUGUAUGGGUUAGUGUCGGAACACAAGUUCCAGUCAAUUGCUUCUUCUUGAGCUUUCCACCGCCGAACGGUUCGCCGUUGCAGUCUCCGAUGGGCUCACCGCACGGAUCCUCUCUGAUGCUCGACGGCCGCACGACGCCCAUGAUGGAGCUCAGUCCGCCUGGAAUGCACGAUUUCCAAAACGAGGUUCAUUCUCUUUCAAUGACCGCAUUCAGAUGAGUAGGAAAGCUUGGAGUUUCAUCAGCCACCUUGAUCAGGUUGUCCACUCGAAAUUGAGAGAAACUUCUUUUUCUAUGAAAUGGUAAAAUAAUCAAAAAAUUGUUUUUUGUGGAAAUUUCUAAAUUAUUCUCAAAAAAGGGUUCUCUAAAACUUUUCGUUUUUGAACCAAAAUUCUUCACAAGGAUUAUGAGCAGUCUGAAGUGUCUUCCCGUUUUUUUUUCCUACAGUAUAUCUGAGAGAGGAAAAAGCGCAGGCGCUUCAGACUGUUUCAAAUUGCUACGAACGACAAUAGUGAUUAUCGAGGGAAUAUAGUCAAUCCAUCCAAUCUUAAAAGCAGAUAAGUGUGCGGGACGCGUAGCAUGCGUGUACGCGGUUCUUAGCACGAGUUCAAUUCAAGCGCCACCGACUAUUUGAAAAGCUCUUUCAUCGCUCUUUCUGUAUCUAUUUUCACUAUCUUCUGAUGCGAAAACGAGAAAACCAAUUAAAAAUGGAAAAACAAAUGAAAAGAGCGAUAAACGAGCUCUCCAAAUAGUCGCUGGAGGUUGAAUUGAACUCGUGGCAAGAACCGCUACGCGUCCCGCUCCCUUCUCCGCCUCCCUCGUCAUUCAAGUCGGGAAAAAUUGACUAUAAGGGAAAAGAGAUGAUUUUUAACAGGCGGGAAGUCUUCCGAAUCUGCAGCAGACGUCGAACGGCCAUCCCGGACCUCAAUACUACCACCAGACGGUCGGACAACGUCACAGUACGGCGACGUGUGGUCCCAGACUCGCUCCAGGUCCUGUCCUCACGCCCGAGUCUCAGUCGGCGCCUACGUCUCCGCACAACAGCCUCGACCCCAACGCCCAGCCUCAGUGGCCUACCAGGUUUCGUUCUUCUUAACUUAUUUUCUGUUUUCUGUUUUAUUUUUUUUUCUGGCUGUGCCCCAAUUCGAGUACCAGCGUUUUGAUUAAAGUGUGCAUUUUUCGGUGGGGUUUCAUAAAAACUGAACUCAUUUGUGAAAAUCAUAGUUUUAUAUUGAGUAAAAUCUGAAAGUCUGUAGAAUAAGUUUUGAUUCGAAUGCAGGAAAGUGCUAAAUGUUCUCAUUGUAGAAUAUUUUUCGAUAAUGUGUUCAAAUUUCGAUUCCUUCACGAAAUUUUAUUAGGAGGGUUUCUCAAAAUCACAACACACUUUUUUAUGUUCAGCUGCCAAAAUCAUUGGCUUCGAUGCAACAGACUGAAUCCUCUGCUUUUAUUAUAUUCUGUAGUGAAAGGCUAUGAUCUUUUGAUGACAAAAAGUUGAAUCCUCAGUUAGUUUAUCGAUUUUUUCCGUAAUGGAAUGAGUUUUCCUCCAUUUUUUUUUAGUCUUUCCUAUUGAAUUUUUUGGCUGUUAAAAGUUCAUUUCGAGACAUUUUGUGGCCAGCAGCUUGGCGAGCAGUCUCUGAACAUGUAUAUCAUCUUUUGCUUGCUCGACUUGUUUAAAAGACAACUUUCGCAGGACGUUUUCGAACUCGCCAGAGUCGUUGGACAUCCCGAAGUUGGUGCUGACGAACGCCGAAGGAGCUCCGGGACAGCAACUCGAGUGCUUCAACGACCUGCAGCACCUGACGCUCGACGCCAACGACAUGAACCUUCUGUGCAACGGCGAUGCUCAGCCCGACCUCCACGAACCUCAGUUGCUUCAAAACUGA